AUGUUACAAUCAACUAAGGUUACGAAGUCGGUGCUGACAAAUGUGUUAAGAGUGGAGCAAAGACGUGGAUUUUUAUUAAGUGGUGCUGCUGUAGCUCUGGGUAGCACAUACAUCUUUGGAAGAGAUGCUAAGCUAGCUGAUGCUAUGGAUCGUGGUGAGUUGCAUAACAAGAACGAAGAUUAUGCGAAAUUAAGGGCAGAGCGUACUGAGCAACGUAUUAAGGCCUUGAGCAACAACAGACCUAUGGAGCCACGAUAUGAAGGGCAUGUGCCUCUGUACCUUCAUGAAAAGAUGCUACUUUUUGCUAUUUCUGGUAUUAGGGCCUUUUUCCACCCAGAGAACGGUAUUAACAUUGUCCAGUUAGGUGAGGCAACUGCAUUCCCAAUAUUCUUGGAAAAUCUAAAGCAAACGAUGCUUGCCGAUGAAACUGGAAGGCGCAUCCUUAGGGAUCAGCCAAACGUCCGAACUGAUAUUUUAGAUAUGGAUAAGCUAUCAAAGUUACCAAAGAACACUUUUGGUUACACUUUUUAUAAAUGGCUAGAGAAGGAAAAGGUCUCGCCUGAUACUAGAGCACCAGUCACAUAUAUUGACGACCCAAUCCAUGCUUUUGUGUUCAAGAGAUAUAGGCAAUGUCACGAUUUUUACCAUGCCUUGAAUGAUUUGCCAAUUAUCAUUGAGGGGGAAAUUAUUGUAAAGGCAUUAGAAUCUGCAAACAUGGGUAUCCCAAUGGCUACUUUAGGUUGGAUGUUGGCUCCACUAAGAUUGAAAAAAGCACAAAGAGACAGAUUAUAUGGAACUUAUUUACCUUGGGCGAUCAAAACAGGUUUGACUUGCAAGCCACUUAUUAAUGUCUAUUGGGAAGAGCUUCUUGAAAAGGAUGUGGAAGAAUUGAGACAAGAACUUGGUAUCAAGAUGCCACCUGAUCUAAGAGCUAUGAGAGCUAAGCGUAAAGCAAUGAUAAAGCGUCUCAAUGAGAAAUAUCAAAAAAACUAG